UUCCAGUUACUUCCUGCUGUUCCCUAGAAGAAGGAGGCACAAUCAGAAGCAAAAAAAUCAAAAUGUUCAUGUUGGGUACAAAAAAACCGUCUUUUCUUGCCGGCGUGGUGCCUGUAGUUGCGCUUGUGGUCGGCGCGCUUCUGCUAUCAAAUGCAAAAAUGUCUGGGUCUGGAAGAAUGCAAGUUUGUCAUGCUUGUCUGGCAUGACUCGAGAAUCUGUGUUGCAUAGGCACGAAAAGGCCCUCUUGCCUGUCAUGCAAAAACGCAGUUUGCCAUGAAGAAUACGUAAGACAUGGGAGCCAAAAAAAUUGUCAUGCAUAGCUGCGUAUUGCAGUACGUCUCCCAUUCACUUUUAGCAUUACAAGUUUCCAGACCCAGACAUUUUUGCAAUCCAUAUCUGCAAUUCCACGCGACUUUUGCGGAUGCGGCCGCGCAAAAACGUCGUAGCAGUCGCGCACGUAUCAAAUCUAAAAAUGUCUGGGUCUGGAAGAAUGCAACUUGUGAUGCUAUUUUUGGAAGCCAAAAAAAUCUGUAUUGCAUGAGCAGCAAGAGGCGCCCAGUUUUUGCUCCGCGGAGAAGGGAUUUCUCAUGCGGGAUAGGCAUCAAGAUGCCCGCAAAAAAUUUGUGAUGCUGGUGCAUACAUCAGAGACAUCACGGGUCAUGCAAAAUUUGCAUGACAAACCUUGCAAUCUUCCAGACCCAGACAUUUUUGGAGUUGAUAGCACGAAGCGGUCCUGCUCGUUCCGGACGACGCCUGGAAGAAGAACAGAUUCCUGGUGCCGCUCCACGCACAUCAAUCAGCGAAUCGUGCGCCGUGCGCUCCUGCCGCCCACAAGGUACCUCAUUCAUUCUCAAUCUAAGCAACGCACUCCAGACAUCGCAUUCUAGGCAUCACAAAUAGGACUAGGUCGCGCAGCACCAGCGCGAACCUCGUGAGGGCCGGAAUGGGCUAACCACCUCUGUGGUCCCAUUUUUGUACAAAGAAUUCCGACAACCAUCGGAAUUUGCCCGUGACCGAUGCCCAAGCGGACGGUCAGCGAGAGCAGGUGGGGAGGGGCCUAACCUCCCGCGACUGCCACGCGCGCGCACGUUAAAGUCACGCACCGAUAUGGCGAAGCUGAUGACGCUGGUCGCUAAUGCAGGCACGUCCUGGGCGACCGGAGCGCGGGUCGUACGGCCCAAAUCUGAACGAAAGUUCAACGAGGCACGCCAUUCCGUGUUGCCGUCCCAUACCGGCAGGCACCGCCUGUUCCGCUGCUUCAGCCGGAACCCUCGCUGGAUGAUGCACCUCUGUGCGCACUCCGGCGGGCUAGUAAGGAUCUAGGAUGUGAGGCUGUGAACGGGGUGCGCUUUGCAUGUUUUGAUCUGCUUAUGCUGACGCACGCUGCCACCGCACGGUGGCGCGGACGUCGCGGCGCGGUCCCUGCUGUGCGCCUCGCUGCUGUAUCUAGUAGUACGCAAGACGCUGCGAAGCAGCGCUCGCAGAUACGGUUUUACUUAUACAGAGCCGUAGUUCCACCACGGUGAAGGGUGUGACCUUUUGAGAACAUACGAAGUAAAGCUGGCAGCCGUCGAGGGGCGCCAGCGCUCUGGGGAUUUGGGAAGAAGUUUGCGUUUGCGCCACCGCGAUAUAGCAAAUUCUACCCAAAUCACAUCAUGGAUCAGGUACCAACAGGGCGGAAGAGCAGAUUCCUGGUGCCGCUCCACGUACAUCAAUCAGCGCGCCUCCCCGUCUGGAGACAGGUGAACUUCUAUCCAAUGCAAAUAAAUAUCAAUAUCUGGGUCGGGAGGAUGAAUGCAAACUUGUGAUGCGCAUAUUAUAUUAGUCCUCAUCCACCAUGGACACUAAAAGUUGCCCACUUGUUGUCAACACUGAAAGAGGAAAUUUGUAAUCCGGAUUAGGCAUUCGCACCAUUGCGAAACCUUCUAAAAAUUUGUGAUGUUAAUAGGGCUUGCACUAUGGCACAGGUUUUGGGUCAUGCAAAAACAGCAUGACAGACAUCUGCACUCGUGCAGACCCAGAGGACAUAAUAUUUGCAAUGGUGCAUAAUUUCACGAGCGGGACUCGCUGGAAAUCCGGCGGUCAUUUACCGGCGAUGAACCAAUGGUGGUGCCUUCCACUCAAUGGAAAGACUGGACGGUAGAAGACCUGUAUAGGCACGUGGAGGAGAGUUUAAUCCGCGAGGGAAGAAAAUUGCCCUGCGGAAAGGUGGACCUGGUGGUAGACCAUUACCAGAGCCGGGCUGAUAAAGUGGCUGGCCGCGUUGUCGGAAAUGUUGUUUUAUCAAAUGCAAAUAUGCCUGGGGCUGGAAGAUUGGGCAAGUUUGUAGUGCGCAAUUGUAUAUGAAUAUGUUGUAUGUGAGGACCCGCGUACGCGUUGCCUGUAAUGCAUUCUCCAGUGAUGUAACACCUUCCGCAGAGGCUUUGUCAUGCCUAUCCUGCAUCUGAAACGCCCAGCAGGUAUUGGCAGAGGCUAAAUCUGUUCUAACGCCACCCUGACAGGAGUCAAAGGUCACUGCGAUACGAUACGGGUGGUAAAAAUCUAAGCCCCUUUUGCUGCUCCUGCAAUACAGGCUUUUGUAGCAACAGAGAAAUUUACCAUGACAAAGCCCAUUCUUUCCAGCAGAAAGACUCAGUCAUGGUUGCAAUUGAUAUACAUUGGAUCGCCGUCAGACAGGGACUUGGAACCGCGGCGCGCGGCGCUUUAUCCUGAGCAAAACCGUCCCCGCCCCAGAGUUAUAAGCAAAGCGGAUUUUAUGCAAUUACAGGUAGGAGCACGUGUAGGUUCAGUGUGCAUCUCUAUGUUGACUGCCAUUUCUUCUACGUGCUAGUCGUCUUUUGGCACCUGUCCUAUAAUGCUGUAAAAACAAUAAGAAAAUGGCUUUCUGAUGCGGCUGUCCUUGCUGACCUGCAGGCACUAACUUGUCAUGCGUGAUUCCCAAAUCUUCAUUUUGUGAACUUGUAUUGCAGACGAGUUCCCAAAUUGUAAUUGACUCUGGGUUGGAGGCGACGUGUUUACAUAGGAUACGCUUGUCGAGAGUGCUGCCGCGCGCUGCUGGAGGAGUAGGAGGUGAGGCAGCAGCUGCUCACGUGUUUAGCGUGGUGGUCCACGGAAACGGUAACACGCCCUUCCCCAAUGAAUUUCAGCUCCGAAGCGCGGCGGCGCUUUAUUUAAACGACAGGUUCGAGCACCCGCGAGUGCGAGACGAACGCGACCGCAUCGAGUGCACGUAUGGGCCUGUGAAUGCGUGGAAC